CUGCUCAUUCACUGACAUAAACAAGGAAAUAUGUCUCUCUACAAACGAAUUAUCUCUCCUAAGACUCUGGGCUUUUAGGUCAGCCCUCGCUUUUGUUUCUCAUCAAGGUUUCUUCUGCUGUAGAUGCAUCUGCAGUAGUUUAGUGCUGCGUUCACUGUCUGAGCACUGUAGCUUUAAUGCUGUAAAACUACAACACGUGGAUUUACGAACCGGCGUUUUUACUCGUCACAGAGCCUCCAGCCUCAACGAGGAAUCGAAAAUAUGGACUACCGGCCAGACGACAACACCAGGUACAAAGACGUCGACUACUGGGAUGAAAGAUACAAGACGGAGCAGUGUUACGACUGGCUGGGCGGCUUCUCCAAAAUGGAGCACCUUCUGGAAAAACACAUCCAGAAAGAAGACUCCAUUCUGAUACUGGGUUGUGGAAACAGCAGUAUGAGCGGCGACAUGUACAACGCCGGCUACCGCUCCAUCACCAACAUAGACUACUCCUCUGUGUGCAUCAGUACAAUGAGUGCCAGGCACAGUGACUGCGAGGGUAUGACCUGGCAUUAGAUGGACAUACGCCGGCUCUCCUUCCCUGACGCAUCCUUCGAUGUCAUCCUAGAGAAAGCCACGCUGGACGCCAUCAUGGUGGAGGAGAAGUCACCUUGGAAGGUGUCCCCAAACACAGCGUGUUUCAUUCACCAAUCACUCAAAGAGAUUAGUCGCUGCCUGAAGCCUGGAGGACGCUUCGUCUCUGUAACCUUCGCCCAACCCCACUUCAGGAAACGCCUCUAUGCUCGAACAGAGUACAGCUGGUCGAUUAAGAAGUUCAGUUAUGGUGAAGGCUUUGAGUAUUUUGUGUAUGUAAUGACUAAAGGAGAGGAGCUUAGCCCAGAAGAUGCAGCUCUGGAGAAACAGCUACUGGAGGACACCAAAGCUUCACCUAACAGGUUCGCCACAACACAAGCUGAGGAUGAGGAAGACUUCCUGUUUAAUAUUAACGUGACAUAACUGGAUAAUCUAAAGGAAUCUUAGGGAUGCAUUCCCACUGAGAUUUAAAAGGAGGCUAUAUACUGUGAUAAUGGCCUUAGAAACUCAAACUUCUCCACUCUUACAAAUACAACAGAACCUUCUUCUGUAACUCCAAAAUCCGACCUCACUGUGAUUGUGAUUUUUUAAGAAUUUUGUAUUUUUAAAUAAUUUUAUAGAUCAUUUUCUUACAAUAACGAUUAGUGUUGGGCCAAAUAUCCUGUAUUUUCAAAGAGAACGAACUACAUAGUAACGGUUGCCAGGUUACCAUUUGCAACCAUUUUGAAAAAUUGGCAACCAAUUCUUGGCCUUUGGUUGCCGUCAGUGGCAACCACUUCAAACAUACACCGAUCAGCCAAAACAUUAAAACCAUUGGUGGGUGAAGUGAAUAACAUUGAUCAUCUUGUUACAGUGGAAUGUUCUGCUGGGAAACCUUGGGUCCUUGCAUUCAUAUGGAUGCUACUUGAUCUGCUCCACCCACCUGAACACAGUUGCAGACAAAAUAAACCCCCUCAUGGCAAAGGCAUUUGUCGAUGGCAGUGCCACCUCCAGAAAGACAGUGCACCAUGCCACAUCACAAAAACUGCUCAGGCAUGACCCGAGGAAUGGGACAAAAGAGCUCGAGGUGUCGAUCUGACCUCCAAAUACCCCACAUCCCAACCUCAUUGAACAUUUGAGGGAUGUGCUGGUACUGCAGAGGUACCCCCGAUCCACAGUGGGUGCUUCUUGGACCGGACUUGGCUCUGACAUGGACACAGGCAUGGACACAGGACCUCUGGAGGGUGUCCCUUGGUGUCUGGCACCAGGGCGUUAGCUUCAGAUCUUUUGAGUCCUGUGGGUUGUGAGGUGGGGUAACAGCAUGCCCCACAGAUGUUCACUUGGUCACUUAAUGGCAUUUGGCCAUGUUGUCGAGCUAGUUUGCCGUCUGUGUCAAGUCAACAUAUUCUUACUCCAACCUCGUCACAUAUUGACGUUUGGUCAUGGACUUUCCACGUCCACAUGCGACGUGCAAGAUACCCUGGGUGUGUUGGUUGUUGAUGUUCUGGGACACCGUUUCAAGUUCUGCCUGUUAC